AUGCUUCGCCGCACGGUGCUCUUCCUCGCCGCGCUCGCGGCCACGAUCGCCGAGGCGGUUGUGCCCGUCAACGUCAUGCUCGCCCUCGACACGGUCGUCUUGGACGGCGCGGGCAACACCCAACUCAAGGACCGCACCAAGCUCGACACGCAGUUCGGCAAGCUCAAGGCCAACGGGGCGACCGGCAUCAUGGCCGACUGCUGGUGGGGCCUCGUCGAGAAGGCGGGGCCGCGCCAAUACAACUUUGCCGCGUACCUCGACAUGGCGCAACUCGCGGCCAAGCACGGGCUCACGAUUCAAAUGGUGCUCUCGUUUCACUCGUGCGGCGGCAACGUCGGUGACGCGUGCAACAUCCCGAUUCCGAGCUCGUGGUUCACGCGCAACGACGUGUGGUACACGACGCGGUCGGGCUUGAGUGACCCCGAGUACAUCUCGCUCUGGGCGGACGCGACGCCACUCGACAAGUUUGGCCGGACGCCCAUCGACAUGUACCGUGAAUUUAUGACGGCUUUCAAGACCAAGGUCAUGGACGCUGUCCCCAACACGGUGGUUGAAGUCCAGAUCGGCGCCGGGCCCGCGGGCGAGCUCCGGCGGUCGUUGGAGCUACUGCGGCAUUGGCGAGUUUACGAGCUACGACGCGUUCGCGGCCAAGAGCAUUGCGGCCCGCGCAAAUGCUACCAAUAA